GUUGGGCUUGUGAAAGAGAGCGCCGACAUACCUUUGAGCCGAAACACAUGGUGACGGUUGUGCUUUAGAGACUUGAGGUCUUUGCUUUUUCCGCGGGUGAAGUGGGCUGUCCCUAGGGGUAAUGAUGACUUGUGCCUGCUGGUUUUGGGCUUCUGUGUGCGUCGUCGAAGGCAAAGAGCACUGCCGUGGUCGAGCGAUGUGGACUGAUUUGUGACACUUAUGAGUGAAGUGUAAGGAUGAUGGAUGCUGUGUUGAGGGGAUGUCUUCUUUCGAUUGUUUCUGUAGAGGUGAGGUGGUCGAGGGUUUAUAUCUCUAUGUCCACGCGCCUGCCUGCCUGUCUGGUGUGUCUGCUUGCACAGCCAGCUCCAUCGCUGGCCCGCGUGACAGUCACAAGAGGCAAUGACGUGAAUCGCAGCUUCCGGAUCCGAUGCUGCGCCAGAGAUCGUGGGGCUCUGGCUGAGACUGGAUGCACGCUCUGCCUGUACUCAGCCAAGUGGCCCUGCCCAGAUCUCAGCGCACUCAUCUGCCAGGCGGAUGAGCCCGUGAGGGGUGCCUAUCAGCCGCAGUGUCGAGAGAUGCCUACUCGAAAACUGCCUGACGGCAGGACUCACGGGGGAAGGCCUGCCCCGGCCAAGCCUCCUCUAGCUCCGAUCAGACUGCGAACAAGCUUCUCUCCUAGGUCUAUGUCUCCCAUUUCUGGAGCUCGACAGAGAAGGGCUGAGCCGGGGCUCGGUCGCCGAUCCGGACAGGCUCCAAUUCAGCUGCGCCGUUGGACCUCCGGCUCCGCACGUCAUCAUCCGUGGCCCAAUCGGGCGACCGAGGCUCUUUGUUCCGGUCUAGAGCAAUUAGCGCUGGAACGGACGGGGGCAGUGACCACGGCUGCGGCGGCGCAGCACCGCCCUGCACGUGUCUGCCUAGCAUGUCACCCACCGAGCAGUUGACUCUGGGCUGAAGAAAGCUUCUAGAAGCAGGGGGCAGUGCACCAGGCCGGAUAGUACUCAGACCUUCCCAGCUAGAGCCUGCUGACCAUCUACACGUCCAGCCGCCCACGAACGUCAU